UCCAUGUUGAACUUCAGCCGUUGAAAGACAAAAGGGUUGCCUUCCGAGAGCAUAUUAUAUGCUUAAUUACUUCAUAUUUUUGGUAAGGUCGUCUCCACUCCCCCAUUAUUCACCAUCACCGACCCCUAUAAAUGGCCUUCCCACCCUGCUCUUGAAUUCCAAACCAGAUCGGUGUGGUUGGUGACGAUCGAGGAGGAGAGAAAAUGGCCCGUUAUUCGGCGAUUUUCCCUUGGCAACUGCAGCAAGGAGGAGUGGCAGCGGCAAAUGGGUCGCCGAUGCUGUCGGUGAAGGCUUCCGGCCAUGUUCUUUCCUUCCAUUCCCCGGCCAAAUGGAUCGCCCAUUUUGAAGCCUCCAAGGCUUCCUCCAAACUGAUGGUGAUCGAGUUCACGGCAUCCUGGUGCUUGCCAUGUCGAGCCAUGAAUUCAGCCAUUGAAGAGUUCGCAGCCAAAUACACAGAAGCUGAUUUCAUAAAGAUGGAUGUGGAUGAGAUGAUGGAAGUGGUGAGUGAAUUUGAAGUGCACAUACUGCCAACAUUCAUACUGAUGAAGAACGGGAGGGUAGUUGACAAGGUUACAGGAGUGAAAAAGGAAGAGCUGGAGAAGAAGAUUAAGGACAACCACCGGACCCCCUACUAUUAUAAUUAACUACGUACUGGACCACUGCUGAUGCUAGAUGAUGCUCUGGGAGAAUGAUUCUGGCUUAUAUAUUAAUCAUUUAAAGUGUUCUCGACAAUAUUAUAUAAAUUGGAGGCCAAUCUGAAUUUUGUAUCAGAUAUAAAUAAGACGGCCAUUGAUUUGCCUUUUGUUUUGUUGUAAUUUAUUCCUUCGAUAUUAAGAGAAUAUACCCAUCUCUACGUUGUUAUU